AUGUUGGUCAAGACGCUAAGCCGUGAGUCAGAAGUGACUUCGAUUGAUCGUCCACCACUACAUGCAAUUUUCAACUUGUCGACUUGGGUCGGUAUCGGAAUAAACAUGGCCGAGCACAGUACGGCUGUUGAGCCCAAUAUGACCGAGAAACAGGAAAAGCGCGAACAACCCAGCGACAGCGGCAGCCGAACGCCGUCGUCGGUCGACAGCAGCCGCGCCGUCGACCAGAAAUCAAAGUCGCCUGGAGGCUUGAUGGGAUUCUUCGCCAAGAUGGGCGAUCUGCCAGAGUGGGGGUUCCGCGGGAAACGUCUCGAGGGCAAGCUGCUCAACUGGAGUAUUGGAUUCAUCGCGUCUUGCGGUUUCUUGAUGUUUGGUUAUGAUCACUCGCUUCUGACUCUCGAUGACUUUCAGAGGAGCAUUACCUUGAUGACGCCCCUGGACCAGUCAAACGCCCUUUGCUGGCUCGACUACCCCGAAAAUACCCAGCGAGACUACAGCCAGUGCACCGGUGACCCGAACACGCAAGCUGCAGCCGUGGCCGUCUAUCAGAUUGGUUGCUUCCUGGGGGCUUUCCUGAUCCUCUUCUACGGAGAGACCUGGGGUCGCAAGUCGUCCACGUUUUGGGGUAGCGCAAUCAUGAUCUUUGGCACAAUUCUGCAGGCUGGAGCGCAUGAAUACGGACUGUUUUCGGCUGGAAGAAUCAUCGGAGGGGUUGGAAAUGGAAUGGUCACAUCAACUAUCCCAACGUGGCAAUCGGAAUGCGCUCGACCUCAUCAGCGCGGAUUCCUCAUCACGCUCUCUGGCGCUCUCAUUUCUGGUGGUAUCAUGAUUGCAUACUGGGUGGAUUACGGAUUCUACUUCCUCGAAGGCACCGUCCGCUGGCGGUUCCCCGUAGCUUUCCAGUCAUUCUUCACGAUCAUCGUCAUGAUUGGACUCCUCUACCUUCCAGACUCGCCCCGGUGGCUAGCCAUGAAGGGCCGUAUGGAAGAAGCUCGUGAAGUGACGUCUCGCCUUCUUGGUAAACCUAUUGAUGACGAGGAAGUCACCCUCGAAGUCAAAGCCAUUCAGGACGCCCUCGAGGUUCAGAGUCAAGGUGGGGGUUUCAAGUACAAAGAGCUCCUAACAAACGGCCCUUCGCAAAACUUGAGGAGGACUCUGCUCGGCAUUGCCGCACAAUUCUUCCAGCAGAUCUGCGGUAUCAAUCUGAUUACUUACUAUGCUGGCUUUUUGUUCGAGAAUUCUCUUGGCUUCGGUCCCGAACUUUCUCGACUUCUCGCCGCUCUCAAUGGCACCGAGUAUUUCCUAGCUUCACUGGUUGCUUUACCACUAAUUGAGAGAACUGGUCGACGCAAGCUGAUGCUUUUCGGCGCAUUCGGCAUGAUGGCAUCAAUGGCGAUCCUGGCCGGCACUGUCUCAACGGGAACAGUUGCAGACAACGGAGCCCCUAAUCUUGAGACUCGCUAUGGUGUCACCGCAACAGUCUUCCUCUUUGUCUUCAACUCAUUCUUCGCUAUCGGCUGGCUUGGAAUGACUUGGCUCUAUCCUGCCGAGAUCAACAACCUCCGAAUCCGCAUCCAAGCCAACGCCCUUUCCACCUGCUCCAAUUGGCUUUCCAAUUUCCUGAUUGUCAUGAUCACACCCCCUGCUUUUGCAAACUUGGGCUAUCGGACAUAUGUGAUGUUUGCGGUCUUCAACGCCGCCAUCGUCCCCUGCGUGUACUUCUUCUUCCCUGAACCCAAGGGACGAAGCUUGGAGGAGCUUGAUGUUAUCUUCGCCAGCGCGCACGCCGACAAAGUCAACCCUGUCAAACGCGCCAGAGAGAUGCGUCACGUUGAGGGGAGAGAGCUUGAGAACGAGCUGGAAAAGUAUUUUGGCUCAAAGAACGAAGGAUUAUCGGUCGCCAACAAAGAGUGGAUGCGAAGGCUCAACGUCGUUGAUCUAAGACAUUCGGAGUUUUCUGACACAGAAGGUUCCGUAUCAUCAGUUCACUCGAUACAGCAUGCUUCUGGCGCCCAAGUCCGUCCUGCAACCCAAAACAACCCCAGUUCACUUCUGACUACGAUACUAGGAUUCCCUCGAAGUAAUCCGAAACAGUUCAUCUUCUUCAUUCUUACCAUAUUGCUAUCUUGGAAGCUGGAGAUUUACAGCAAAUUAGCAACGCCGUUUUAUGACUACACUGCAGGGGACUGGGCCACGAUUUUCCAGUACACCUUCGUCCUUCGCUACACUCGCCUAUUCUGCAACAUCUGGGGAAGCUGGCGAUACGAGCCAUCCCCCGUUCAGGCCUGGCCAAAAUGGACCAAUAGAGACGUCACAGUGAUUCUCCCCACGAUUGAUCCAGGUAACGUAAAGUUUGUAAAAUGCAUCAUCUCCGUACUCGAGAACAGACCAGCAGCCAUUCUCAUCGUCGCCGUCGGCGCCAAGAUGCGCCGUCGCUGCGAGAAAGUCGCCAGGCGCUACAAGAAACAAUACCCUUCCACGAGAAUCGGUGUGAGUGCCAUCCUCCACCCCUCGAAGCGACGUCAGGUGGCUCACGCCGUACCGCACGUCGAUACCGAAUUCACGAUCCUCGCCGACGACCACGUUUACUGGCCCAGCACUGAGUUCAUACCCUCGGUCCUUGCGCCCUUUGAGGACAAUAACAUGGGCGUGGUGGCGACAUACAAGCGCGUGCUUCGCACGACACCUGGUAAGUGGUCCGUCAUCUCUAUUGUCAACCUCAUCGGAUGUUUCUACCUCCUUCGCCAUAACUGGGAGCUACGCGCCUCCAAUGCCAUCGACGGAGGCGUCUUUGUCGUCUCUGGCCGCACCGCCGCCUACCGAACCAAGCUCCUCAAGUCAAUGGGUUUCAUGGACAGAUUCUGCAGGGAGCGUUUUUUCUUUGGUCUUUUUGGCGGUAAAGGUCUCGGCCCUGACGACGAUAACUUUCUCACCCGCGAAGCGUACCGACACGGUUGGAAAGUCAAGUUUCAGCAGACCGAAGAUAGCGUGGUCGAGACGUCGCUGGGCGACGAGAAUGCCGUCAAGUUCCGGGGCCAGCUAAUUCGCUGGGCUAGGACGACGUUCCGAAGCAACCCCUGCAUGUUGAGGCGUGUCAGCGACGUUUACACCUGGAGAAUGCCAUAUACCUACGUGGCGGUAUACGCAGCGGCGCUCUUCAACUUUGCUUUGUUCUGGGACGCAACUCUCUUCGUGUCUCUGUAUCUUUCAUGGCAUACCAGGGGUGUUUUCACGAGCGAGAUGGGUCUGCUUGCGCUUUGGGUCCUGUGGACCAAGACUAUCAAGCUCUGGCCACACAUCCUUCGCCACCCUUCCGAUAUCCCCUUGAUACCAUGCCAGAUUCUCUUUGCUUACGCUCACUCUCUAAUCAAAGUUUGGGCGCUCUUUACGUUCUGGGAUUGUGCCUGGCUGGGCAGGAACUUGGACGCUGUCGACGCGGAGUCCAAGGAGUUGAGAAAGGAACUGGAUAAGCACUUUACCUUUGCAUAA